UCUAAGUGACUUUGGAAGAGGGGUCUUAAAUGAGCAUAGGGCCGUUUAAAGGGUGUGUGUGUGUCUCAUCAGAUCUCAACCCAAUUGAACACUUCUGGGAGAUUCUGGAUCGGUGCCUGAGACGGUGUUUUCCACCAUCAACAAAACACCAAAUUAUGGAAUUUCUUGUGGAAGAAUAUACAAGUUGAAUAAAGGUAAUCGCAAGAACUUUCCACGCAUGCUCACUUCAGUUUGGUUGAACCAAGGCUGUUCGUGAUGGCUGCGGGUAGUGCCUUGCUAGUGGGCUUGGUAGAAGAAUUUGUUUCGGGACAACAGGACAGCAAGGCCGCAGACACCGCAACAGGACUCAAGGCUGGACAGUUUACAAUACUACAGUUGGUUGAAGCGUUGGGCUUGCAUCUGGCCAGCUCCCAACCCCAGACCCGAGCCCGUGGUGUCCAGCUCCUCUCCAAUGUCCUGCAGCAGUGCCAUGGAGACCUCACAGAGCGAGAAGUGGACGUCCUUCUAGCGUUUUAUGAGAACAGACUCAAGGACCACUAUGUCAUCACACCACAUGUCUUAAAGGGGAUGAAAGCACUGACAAAAUGCUCAGUGUUGCCGCCUGGGUCUGCGGUGUCCAUUCUGAAAUCACUCUUCCAGGACGUUCAUGUGCAGUCCCUGAUGCUGGUGGAGCGGUCAUGUGUUUACAACAUCCUAACCCAGCUUAUGGAAUCCAGAGAGUCAGAGCUGAAGGGCCUGGGUGCAGACUUUGUCUUUGGGUUUGUCCAGUCAGUGGAUGGGGAGAGGGACCCACGCAAUCUUCUCCUGGCCUUCCAGAUCGCUAGGAAAAUCAUCCAUGGAGGCUAUGAUCUGGGUAAAUUCACAGAGGAGCUGUUUGAAGUUACAUCCUGCUAUUUCCCCAUAGACUUCAGCCCGCCACCCAAUGACCCCCACGGCAUCACCCAGGAAGAGCUGAUCCUCGCCCUGAGGGCCGUGCUCACUGGAACACCACGCUUUGCAGAGUUCCUGCUGCCGCUGAUCAUUGAGAAGCUGGACUCAGAUGUUCAGAGUGCCAAGGUGGACUCCCUGCAGACUCUGACUGCCUGUGCUUCUGUGUAUGAACAUAAAGAGCUAGCCGAAUUCCUACCAGGCCUUUGGGCCUCGCUGCGCAGGGAGGUGUUCCAGACAGCCAGUGAGAGGGUGGAGUCCGCUGGUCUAGCUGCCCUCGGUGCCCUGACAGCCUGCAUCUCCCGCUCCGUCCUCAACUCUGACUCUGAAGACUACCUCAAUGUCUUUCUCGACUUGGUCCUCAAAGACUGUCAGCACCACCUGUGUGAGCCAGACCUGAAGCUGGUGUGGCCCAGCGCCAAGCUGCUGCAGGCCACCUCUACCGCCUCCUACAGGGCGAGCCACAGAGUUGCAGCCGCCAUCAUGCCGUCCCUCAUAGAACAAUAUAACAGCCGAACACAAUGUGCUCAACGGCGCACCCUACUGGAGGUGUUACAGGGCUUCGUCCAGCCAGGGAAGUCUUCAGAGGAGGAUGAGAGUGUGCUGUUGGACUUCAGGCAGUCUCUUUGCAGUAUAGUGUUCUCUGCUCUGUCUGAGAACAGUGCUGGGCUCCAGAUCACAUCACUGCGUGUGCUCACUGCCCUGAGCCAACAGACAGUCCUGCUGUUAGAGUCAGAUGUGGAGCUGGCUGUUGACCACCUCACCAGGCUCAUCCUGGAGGAGGAAGAUGCUAAAGUCAGCCUGGCUGUGGUUGAGUGUGCAGGGGCUCUGGCUGGUCUGCAUCCUCUAGCCUUCAUCUCUAAGAUGGUUCCACGGCUGAAGGGGGAGAUCUUCUCAGAGUCCAUGGCACAAGGUGACAGCGCCACGCCGUCCCAGAAACAUUCCCAGCAGGCCGUGCGUCAGCGGUGUUUGACGGCGCUGGCUGCGGUUUCGUCCCGGCCCAGUGUGGUUCAGGAGAGCACACCUGUCCUGCUACAGGUUCUCACCUUCUCACACACUGGCACUGGCUCGUUUUCAUUGGAGGAGGUGAUCUCUGUGUGCCACAAUCUGCAGAGGAUAGCAGAGCAUGCCCAGGACACUGAAGAGACCGGCCGCGUCUUCCAUGACAUCAUCAUUCCGCGCCUGCUCGGACUGGCCUUGCAAGCAGCUAUGCGGGGGUCCUCAGACCAUCCGAGUCCUUUAGUGGAGGAGUCUGUCCUAUCAGCCAUGGUACCAGUCAUCAGCACCACCUGUGCCCGACUACAGUCCCAACUGGCGGGCCAAACAGCCUCACGGGCAGUGUCCCUCUUCCUGGAUGGUGACAUGUCCUUCCUGCCAGAGAAUGCCUUCCCCUCCCAGAUCCAGCUCCUCAAGAAGCAGGCAGGUGACUCCUGGCGCCAGUCCCAGAUGGUGUGUCUUCUCAUGGGCUGUGUGUGCUCACUGCCACGGAGUGUGGAGGUUCCACAGAUGGACAGGCUACUGUUAGAACUGGAGGAGCUGAGCUGUACCUGUGACCAUCCCUUCUCCUACACCUCAGCCGCCAAGUGCUACGCUGGGCUGGUCAACAAGAGGCCUGCAGGAGAAGCCCUGGACUCUCUGAUAGACGGGACGUUAAAGAGGAUCUCCACUGAGCUGGACUGUGCGUCCUCCUCGGUCCGAACGCAGGCGUUCACGCUGCUGCUCUGGGUGGCCAAGGCUCUCCUUCUCCGCUACCACCCUCUGUCCACAGCCCUGACAGACAAGCUUUUCUCCCUGCUCAGUGACUCAGAACUGGGUUCGUUAGCUGCCGAUGGAUUCUCUCUCUUGAUGAGCGACUCGCCGGACGUCCUCAACCGCGGUUGCAACGCCGACGUACGCAUCAUGUACCGCCAGCGUUUCUUCACCGAGAACUCGGCCAAGCUUGUCCAGGGCUUUAACUCUGCAGCCCAAGAGAAGAAGUCUGGCUACCUGAAGGCACUGUCUCACAUAGUGAACUACCUACCCAGACAGGUUCAGCUCACUGAGCUACCAGCGCUCCUGCCCCUCCUGCUAGAGGCCCUGUCCUGUCCAGACCAGGCGGUGCAGCUGUCCACCCUGUCCUGCCUGCAACCUGUCCUCAUGGACCCCCCCUCCGCCCUCAUCACUCAGCUGGAGGCGCUAGUAGGCCGCACCCUCACCCUCACCACAAGCCCUGCUAUGAAAGUGCGGAUAGCCUCUCUGCGCUGUAUCCAUGCCCUCUCCCGCUUUCCAGAACAUGAGAUCAUGCCUUUCCGUGCGAGGGUGCUGCGUGCCCUGGCUGUGCCCCUGGAUGACCUCAAGAGGAUGGUGAGGAAUGAGGCGGUGGUGGCACGCAAUGAAUGGUUCCUACUGGGGAGUCCAGGGGGAAGGUGAGUUUGGCCCCACCAUUACGGACUGGUUGUGGGAGGGGACAAAGGGACCGCCUGCUCCUGAGGAAGAGGCUUUGGAUCCAGGCAUGGGACCCUAGUUUUGCCCUUGGAGUCUGGGACAUCUCACCACUACCACCCACAGGGCAUCUCUCCACCACCCACAGCACUUCACCUUUUACACGUCCAUUUUUUUGUACUGCCACUCUGACCACCACUGCAUGGUGGCGUGGACCUAUAGGUGACCGUCCACCAUGGAAGGACUCAGAGCUGCACAGAGAACCAUUUCUAGCUACAAUAUUAUGAUUUGCAAGUCUAACAGUUGACCUCACCCUGCCAGUUGUGUACGAGAGCUACUGAUUUAAGUACAUUUUACGUAAUUGACUAUCUAACCAUAGAGGACAAUAUUAAUGUGUUUAACAUCCCUUGUGACGAUGCCAUUAUGAAGAGUCAACAUUGUAUUCAGUAUUGGAAGGGUUGAUGCAGCUGGCAGGCUACACAUUUAAUUUCACUAGGCUAACUUUGAAACUCACAAGAACAUAUGCCGAAGAUAUGUGGACAAUAUUUAAAUGUCUAACUUAAGCUGUCAAUAAAACAAUUUUUGUAAACGAA